GCUGGGAUUAAAGGUGUUGUGCCACCACACCUGGCUACUACUUCAUCCACUCCCACGGAGCUAUUAUCCAGUGGAGUCCUUGAGCCCUCUCACCUGCAAAGGAAGUUAAUACUACGAUCUUGUGGGAGAUGACAAGAGGACCAACCAGAGCAUGUCUCAUGUAGACGAAGCGGCCCGCAGGCUAUCCAAAACUGGAACAAGCCUCUAUGCAGUGCUGGAGCUAAAGAAGGGUGCUUCACCUGAAGAUGUCAAAAAGGCCUACAGGAAACUGGCUUUGAGGUAUCACCCAGACAAGAAUCGAGGAAACCCUCAAGCAGCAGAAAUCUUCAAAGAGAUCAAUGAAGCUCAUUCUGUACUCAGUGACCCCACAAAGAAGAGAAUCUAUGACCAGCAUGGCUCAUUAGGAAUAUAUCUAUAUGAUCAUUUUGGUGAAGAAGGCGUCAGAUACUAUUUUAUGAUGCACAGUUGUUGGUUCAAGACACUUGUCAUCCUUUGCACACUGCUAACUUGCUGUUGUUGUUGCUGCUGCUGUUGUUUUUGCUGUGGAGCACUGAAGCCACCACCUGAGGAAAUGAAUAAGAAAUGUCAGACAAAUGUCCACACAAAGCCUCCACAUUCAGGUGCUGUCCCAGUGAGGGUGCCAUCUGCUGGACACAUCAAAGAAAGGAGCAAAUUACCCUGUCCUGACAUUGACCCUGAUUUGACUCCUCUUCGUGUAAGAAUCCCUUCAGAAGCAUUGAUGACAUUCUGUCCAUUAAAGGCACCACCUAUGCCCACAAUGGUACCACUAACCCUAGCCAAACAGCCUCACAGCUUCUCUUCUUUCAAGCCCUAGUUUUACUUUCAACCAUUGGAGGCCAUUUCUCACAUCCCUGUCUGCAUGAGGUCUCAGGCAGUGGUGGCAGACUUUUCCUGAGGGUUCUUUUUCCUGUGUCUGCCUGCCUUGGCACUGGAACUGAUGUCUGGUAGGUCCCUGAGACACUAAGAUCCUGAUAACUGAGAAAAGUGGAUCCUGGGAAAUGCUGUACCAGUUAAUCCUGCUAGCACCAAGAACUCAUCCCUAAGCAAUACACCUUUGGGAGACCUGAGGGAGGGAUAUCACCUUUGGGUACCCAUACCUCUGGCAUUGUAGCCUUAUUCCUGGGUCAACUUGGGAAAUGUAUGAGUACAUUUGAGGUUUAUUAGUAGCCAGUCCAUCUUGGCUUCCCCUUAGACUUCAGUCCCAUUGUGGCAACUAUUAUCAGCCUUGGUCCUGUAUGCUGGCCAUAGUCUGUGCAUCAGUGUUUCCAUCUUUCACCACAGUGCAGUAAGCUGGUCACUAUGUAACUUGUUCUUAAUACAGGGGCAUGAAACAAGUGAUGGGAAAAGAUUGUACUAUGUAGACUACUCUGCUCUUAUCUCUUUGAGCUGUCGACCUGACAUCCUCUCCAUUACCAUUUCUUUCUUCUCCAUGUGGGUCCAGAGCCUAAG